AUGAGAGAAACAAACACUACUUCUGAGUGGAGAUGGAACUCUCCAACACCCUACCUCUUUUGUGCAGUGGUGCUACUCAUGGGGCUUAUUGCAACUGCAUUGCUUAUGCUUGCUUGUUCGUACCGAAAGCGGCCGGUCUCACCCUCGACCUUGUUCGAUGGGGAGCCGGUCGGAUGGGAAACGGCCGGGGUUCAAUCAAGCACCGAGCUCGAUACGAAGCCCAAAUUUGUUGUGAUCAUGGCUGGAGAUGAGAAGCCUACCUUUUUAGCUGCACCAACACAAAUACAUGCUGUUUCUUCUAACCACAUUUGUAGAUGUGAUUCUCCCGUCUAA